GUGUGCAUUAAUUCCAUGAGUAACCUCAAGCAAAGAUUUCUUUCUAAGCUGGUACCAAAUCUGCGGCAAGCUCUAAGGCAAGGGAUUUAGUGAGCCAUUAAAUGAGUUUCCAGUCUUUAAAAUCUGAUAUUCAGUAUGUUCUUCAAUGCAUAUAACUUGACUAGAGCUCCGGUUGUUUACGCACUUGCAUUUGAUCAUAUGAGUUGUUUUGAAUGUGCCAAAAGGCAGUCAAAGAGUGUGGCCUUGUCCAGCCCACUUCUAAUUUGAAUGUGGAAAGGUGUUAUUUGCGUAGAUAAUGAUUAGAUUCUGCAACAAGAAGCAGAUCUUUUUAUAGCGUACUCGUUGCAAUUUCUUGUUUUCUUUGCAUUUGAGUAGCGUGUGGAUACAGAGGUGGAAAACGAGUUGGAAGCAACUGGAACAGAUUUUAUUUUUUACAAAUUGUAGUAAAGGACCUAAGGCAACAAUUAGGAAAAUAAUUUCAGGGGUUUUUGUUUAUAAAUCGAGGUCAUAUAUUGUGUCUGAAUUCAUCAGGAUUAUUUGACUGAUGUAAAGUGAGGAUAAGUAAUACAGUAAAGAGCAGAAGAGUUGAGAUUUGGGAUGCAUAUUUGCUUGAUCCUUGGGCACAACACAACAAGAUGACCAGCGAAUUCACAGACACAGUCAAGGAAGGCUAUGUGAGGUUAAAAAGCCGUAAGCUAGGGGUAUGGCAAAAAAGAUGGAUAGUUUUCAGAAAAGCCUCGAGCACUGGACCAAAGAGACUAGAGAAGUUCAUGGAUGAACGCUGUGCAAAUCACCGUGGUUACCACAAGAUCAUCAUAUUAGAUCAUGUGAUCAGGGUCGCACGGCUUGCAUCAAACGUGAAGAAACAUGGCGUUAUAAUCACAUUCAGUGAUAACUCGUCCAGACAGUUUGCGUGUGAUUCAGAGGUAGAUGCUGAUAGUUGGUGUAAGACUUUUGCGAUGGAGGUGUGCCCAGAGAACUGUGGGAUCCUUGCUGGUGAACCAGACAUUCUGUUAUCAGGGUUACAGAGGGAGAAAAAUGAACGUUUCCAUGUGUUUCUGCAGCCAUCAGCUCACCUGUCUGUUUCAGGAGAAUGCACUUUACAGGUAACGGAAGACAGCGUUUUCCUCUGGGAUGUAAUCGACCCCAAGUUAAAACUGGCAACGUGGCCUUUGCAAUCAUUACGGCGAUAUGGCAAAGAUAACUAUCGAUUUCUCCUUGAGUCUGGCAGGUAUUGCGACACAGGUGAGGGCAUGUUCACCUUUACUACGACCGAAGGUUAUGAGAUAUACCAGAGGGUUCACAGACUGUCGAUGGCAUUGGCUGCCUCACAAGAAAAAAAUGGAAGCAACAAAGAUAUUCGUUCAAGCUUUUUAUCAGAGAAAUCUGUGAUGCCAGAUUUUCUGGAUGAGAACGUUCGGCAAGCACAAGCAGUAGAGCAAGCAGCCGAGAUGACGCAAACCGCAAGACGACACUCGUCAAGCUUCCAUAUCCCAUUAAAUUCCCCAAGACGCAAACCUUAUGUUAUUUUAAGAACACUUGUACCGAAGGAGCAGGAAACAUUAGUGACUAAGGACCAGGUUACAAACAUGUCUAAAGACCAGGCUGCACUCAUUCCCAAUGAGCAGACUUCACCAGUGCCUAAUAAGGGUACACCGGUGUCUGAAGACCAGGCCAUACAAAUGUCUAAGGUCCAGGCCAUACAAAUGUCUAAGGACCAGGCCACACAAAUGUCUCAUGAGCAGGUUGCACAAACGUCUAAGGACAUUAAAAUGUCUAAGAACAUGUCCACUCAAAUGUCUAUGGACCAGGCCACAUUCAUGUUUGAUGAACAGGCAGUGCAUCAUCAAUCUAAAAACAGCAAAUGCCAGACAAAUGAAGAAACUCCUUCCAGCCAUACAGAACUCAACAUUUCAGAUUUGAUUAUUAGCAGCAUUGAGAAUGAAUCAGACACAUCAGCCACAGAUGUAUGGAUUCCUCGACAUAUGUGUAAUACAUUGGAGGCUCACGGCCUGGCAUCUGCAUCAAGAACACAAUCAACAUUAUGAUAUCAAUUAGAAGUUUUAUAAGAUAUCUUCAAUUUCUGUAAAUCUUUAAAAGUCUUACUUUAAAUUCCACCAGAAAUCAGUUUUUUUAGUAUCCAAUAGACUGAAUUAUUCACCAGAAAUGAUGGGAUCAUGAUUUCUUAUAGUGGGUGUACAAACAUAAGCAUUCGCCAAAGGGCUAUGCUAAUACAUAGAGCUGAGUCCAAAGUGGUGUAUAUUAAAUUGUCUAAAAUGUAAUGAAGUCAUUCAGACCAAAAAUAUAAAGAGUUUUGAGAGGCUUUGCAAGGCUUGGAAUGAAUUUUAUUUUAUUGGUGUAAACACCAAGGAUAGCCCACGAAAGUCUAGAAGAAGACUUAUUUCCCAGUGGAGCCCUUCUGGUGGUGAUUGGGCAGUACACCAGGAGACAAUCCCCUACUCUUUUCCGAAGAGCGUACUGUGUUCUUUAACGUUCACAUGGGCCAUAAAUACACACAGGACCAAUGGCUUAAACGUCUAUCCGAUAGACGGUGCCCUAUUGUACCUUGUAUUUCAGCCCUCCAGCUGAAACACAAGGAGAGGCAGCGAUGGGAAUUGAACCGGGGACCUACAGAUCUCCACAUUUCAGCGCACACACAGUGGCUACCACCAGAUUAGCCGACUGAGCUGGUGCUUAGUCUACUGCGCGACUCGCCACGUCCACUGCUGACUAUGGGGAUUGUUGUUUAAUUUGAGGUACUCGUUCAGCUUAUAUACUGUCACCAAGUCAUGUUACAAAUUGUGUAUUAAAUAUUUAAACUAUUGCACAAAACUUAAUUGUAGAAUAAGAUGUUUCUUUUGACUACAAUUGUUAAUGAGUCAGAAGAAUGUUGUUUGUAUGGCUGUCUAGUCUAAGGGCUAGGCCCGUGAUCAUGCGA